CUCCUGUUAUGUAUUGACUUGGAAGUGUUGUUUCUCGUUUGCAUAUUGCAUUGUUUGGUAUGCUCUACUUUUUGUUGCCCUUCUCCGUGCGGUGUGGAGGUGUGAUUGGUCAGCGGAUGAAUAUCAUUGUGAUGAGGCUUGUUCAGGAAAUAAAAACACGCUAACAAAAGUAACGUGAAUCUGUGCUCUUUACAAAGGUUAUGUAAGAGAAUAAACAUAACAAAAUUGGCGACGAGACUUAAAAAGGACCCUAAGAAUGCGGAGGAGGAACGGACACAAGUGAAUAGUGCUUCAUGGACUUGGUUGUGUGGACGUAAGUUUCGUCUGCUCGCCCCGAAUUCUGCUCUGAUCAAGCUAGCCGGAGGUGAGGACGGGUGUCGCUCAGGACCAAGGUAAAAGUGAACGGACGCCAAGAAAAGUGAAAAAAAUGUCCGGAAUCUUGGGAAAUAUGGACAUAUUUGACAGUUCGGUAGAAGACUGGACAACUUAUGUGGAAAGAGUUGAGCAGUACUGCCUAGCUAAUGAGAUACAGGACGAAAGAAAAGUAGCUGUCCUACUCAGUGUCAUGGGCGCCAAAAUGUAUAACUUACUCCGCAGCCUGGUCGCCCCAGCUAAACCGGCAGACAAAACAUUUGAUGAAAUAAUGCAGAUAAUGAAAAGUCAUCUAAACCCAGCUCCAUUGGUGAUUGCUGAGCGCUUUAGAUUUCACAAGAGAAACCAGUCAAGGACGGAGACGGUGUCAGAGUACAUCGCAGAACUGAGGAAACUGGCCGAACACUGUCAGUUCAGAGACGGACUUUCAGAUGCUCUGAGGGACAGGUUCGUGUGCGGGCUGCACAACGAGAGCAUUCAGAAACGGCUUUUGACGGAGGACAAACUCACCUUGCAACGAGCAGUGGAAAUAGCUGUUUCAGCGGAGACAGCAGCAAGGGAUGCGACGGAGCUUCAAGCAAAUGGUGAGCACUUCACAAAGAUUGACCUCGCACAAGCAUAUCUACAGAUGGAAAUGGAUGAAAGUUCACGCAAGUACCUCACCAUAAAUACUCACAAAGGACUAUACCAAUACAACCGGCUUGUAUUUGGUAUUACAAGUGCCCCUGCGAUAUGGCAACGUGCAAUGGACCAAGUGCUACAAGGAAUCCCAGGUACUCAAUGUUACUUGGAUGAUAUUAUUGUUACUGGUUGGGACAAAGAUUCACACUUGCAAAACUUGAAUGCAGUUCUAACAAAACUGGAAGAAUAUGGUCUAAAAGCAAACAAAAAGAAAUGUGAGUUUUUCAAGGAGUCCAUUGAGUAUUGUGGACACAAAAUAGACAAGCACGGACUUCACAAAACGCAAGACAAAAUUGAAGCUGUAGUAAAAUCUCCACAACCAGAAAAUGUCAGCCAGUUACGCUCAUUUCUUGGCCUUGUUAACUAUUAUCACAAGUUUUUGCCAAACCUUUCCACUGUGCUGCACCCACUGAAUGCACUACUGCACCAAAAGGCAAAGUGGGACUGGACUAAAGACUGUGAACAGGCAUUUACAAAGGCAAAGGAACUCAUUAUUUCAGACAAGGUGCUCACACACUUUGAUCCAAAGCUUCCCCUAUGUCUAGCCUGUGACGCUUCACCUUAUGGCAUUGGUGCAGUUCUAUCUCACAAAAUGACUGAUGGCUCUGAACGCCCCAUUGCCUUUGCAUCACGCUCUUUAUCACCAGCAGAGCGUAAUUAUGCACAGAUUGACAGAGAAGCUUUAAGCUUAGUGUGGGGUGUUAAGAAGUUUAACCAAUACCUGUAUGGAAAACACUUCAUGCUGAUUACAGAUCACCAGCCUCUUGUUUCCAUUUUCAGUCCAAAGAAAGGUGUUCCUGCUAUGGCUGCCGCUCGUUUACAACGUUGGGCUCUCUUUCUUGGAGCACACACCUAUACCAUAGACUAUAAAGGGACGAAACUACACGGAAAUGCAGAUGGUCUCUCUCGCCUUCCUCAACCACUGACAGAGAAGGCUACUGAUCCUGCUUUAAAUCUUCACAUGCUGCAAAUGGAACCGCUUCCGGUGACUUGCGCUCAAAUAAGCAAAGAAACAAGAAACGACCCUCUGCUAUCUCGAGUGUAUGACUUAACUGUUAAUGGCUGGCCAAUGCAUGCAGAUACUGAACUUAAGGACUAUUUCACCAGAAAAGACCAGCUUACUGUGUCCCAAGGAUGUGUCCUGUGGGGGUCACGCGUUGUUGUACCUCCCAAACUGCGAUCCAAAGUUCUAAACUCGCUGCAUGAUGGGCACAUGGGGGUAGUUAAGAUGAAGAGUCUUGCUAGAAGUUAUGUGUGGUGGCCUGGCCUUGACAACCAAAUUGAAACUCUGGUCAAAACAUGCAGAGGAUGUCACCAGACUCAGCGCUCACCUCAGAUUGCCCCUGUCCACACUUGGGAAUGGCCUGUUGCCCCAUGGCAACGCGUUCACAUUGACUAUGCUGGACCUUUCAUGGAUCACAUGUUCCUUAUUGUGGUCGACGCUCAUUCGAAAUGGCCCGAGGUUUUCACUGUAAAGAAAGCAACUACAACUGUAACAGUGAACCAGUUACAGAUGCUUUUUGCACGUACAGGAUACCCUCUUCAGCUUGUAAGUGACAAUGGUACCCAGUUUACUAGUGAGGAGUUUCAGAUCUUCCUGAAAAGCAACGGAAUAAAACACCUUACUUCUGCUCCUCACCACCCUGCGACGAAUGGACUUGCUGAACGUUUUGUACAAACUUUCAAACAGUCGAUGAAAGCCAGUAGGAGGGAGGAAGUUCCACUACAGCAGAAAAUCGCCAACUUUCUGCUAGCCUACAGAAACACUCCACAUACUACUACUGGACAGUCACCUGCAAUGUUGUUCAUGGGAAGAAACCUAAGAUCUCGUUUAGAUCUCCUGAAACCUGACAUCCGAGAACAUGUUUCAAACAGACAAUGUUCACCAACUCAAUUACAAAGGAAACUAAGAUCAUUUGACAUCGGACAAAAAGUAUUGGCAAGAGACUAUCGUAACCAAGGCGACAAAUGGCAACAUGCGGAAAUUUUGACACAAACUGGACCACUCUCAUAUACAGUGAGUGUUGAGCCUAAUGUCGUCUGGCGCAGACAUGUUGAUCAACUUUUGGACGCAUCACCUGGAAAUGCCGCUACUCAAACUACCACACCUACUGUCCCACAAAACCCUAAGGACAGUACUCCAGCCUCUGACAUCACACCUGAGGAAAACAUGUCCACACCGGAGCUAAUGGACAUACACAAACCAAUGACAAACCUACCUGAUCCUCCUGGACGCAGAUAUCCUGAGAGGGUUCGCAAACCACCAGACAGACUUGAUUUAUAAAUGUUGAAAGGAAACAAAUGUUCUUUAAAAAAAAAAAAAAAAAAAAAAAGUUGUUAAUAUUUGAUGUUGAAAAUUGUUGUGAAUUUUGAAAUGCCUCUAAAAAGAAAAGUAUACACUUAAUAGCACAUAGAAACAUAGUACUAUUAUUUUUUUAUUUGAUGAUUAUUGGUGCAUCAAAGCUGGAAGAGAGGAAUUGUUAUGUAUUGACUUGGAAGUGUUGUUUCUCGUUUGCAUAUUGCAUUGUUUGGUAUGCUCUACUUUUUGUUGCCCUUCUCCGUGCGGUGUGGAGGUGUGAUUGGUCAGCGGAUGAAUAUCAUUGUGAUGAGGCUUGUUCAGGAAAUAAAAACACGCUAACAAAA